GUCAUAUCAUCACUCAUUGCAGUGAAGUGAAGAAGAGAAGAGAAUUAGCAAUCAAAGUUUCAAAGUCUAACAAUUAAUUAAAUUGUUAUUUAUCACAAAUACUUUGGACUUUAGACUGAAAGAAAGAUAAAUUACAUAUGUUAUUGUGUAUUUUUUACAUGCGUACGCGAUUGUUUCUACGUUUUAUGACCACAAGAUUCCAACAACCAUUAUGUCGUUUUCUCCUCGAACUUUAUUAUCAAAAAUGGCACGAGAUCGCUGCAUAGCGAAUAUAAAAGAGCUCCCGAUGUUUAUACAGAAUGAUGAUGGGAAUAAAAAGGUGUAUGCUUCUGUUUUAGUGCCACUGUGUAUUGUUAAAGAAGAGGUCUGUUUACUGUACACACUAAGGUCUUCAAAUCUUAAAAAUCACAGCGGACAAGUUUCAUUUCCUGGUGGGAAAAUUGAUGAGGGCGAGACUGAAAUUGACGCAGUACUCCGCGAAACACACGAAGAAAUCGGUUUUAAUACAGAAGAUGUUGAAAUCUGGGCCAAAAUGCCCUUUAUUCAAGGUCGAGAUAAAAAAAUGAUUAUACAUCCCAUCGUUGGACUAUUAAAUAACCUAGAUGUGGAUAAAUUGGUACCUAGUGUUGAUGAAGUUGAUGAUGUAUUCACAGUUCCUAUGAAAGAUCUUUGUGAUGUUGAAAAACAGGGUCACUUUCAACAUGAAAAUCUCAUUUUACCUGUGUACACAUCCGGAAAGCAUAGAAUUUGGGGGAUCACAGGAGUUAUUACACAUUUGUUCCUUCAAUGUUUUCUACCAGACAAUUUAUAUACAACUGACUUUAUGCGUAAAAGAUAUAGAAUAAGUGAACUGAUGCCAUCGAAAUUAUAAUUUUUCAAAGAAUUUCUUUCCAUAUUGGAAAUAAAUUCUGAAAGGUCCAACGGAGGAAGCCAGAGCUAUAAAAAAGACGAGUUAAAGGUGAUGGCAAGACUUGACCUCAGUAAUGAGACAAAAUAAAUAGGUACAUAAAUAAAAAUCAUAUAAUGAUUAAUUAUUGCCUUUUAAAUACUGGGAGUGCAGGAGUGGUAUAAGGGCGGUGUUUUGGUCUGCAAUGAGGCUAAGAUAUCUGUAUAAUCUUUAAAAAAAAACAACUUUAGUGCAAUUGUGAAAUGUAUGCAUAAGAAAAAAUGUACGCAAACACUUAACAGAUAAUAAAAUGAAAUAUAUUUUUAUGGAUCAAUUUUAUCUUAUGAAGAAUUGUUUGUUUUGUUUUUUCUUGUUUGGACUAGUCAUGGAUUAGUUGUUCAAUUAAUUUUCUUUUGUUACAUAUUUACCUUAACAUAAAAAAAUACUAAGUACAUAAUCAGUAUUUAAAUAUUUAUGCUACAAGUUAAAAACAUGCAAAAGUUUUUUUAGAAAAAGAGUUAAAUUUAUUUAUGUCAUGAUUUUGAUGACAAAAAAUAUUAAUUGUUAAUUGAAACGUUUUUGUAAGUAGGUAAUUUUGAGUGGGUAUGUAAAUUGUAUAUAUAUACAGUAUUGUAUUCAAUUAUUAUGUAAAUCCAGGUG